AACCGGAAGUUUUACCUUUCAAUCAAAUUAUUUUUUUAGAUCAUGAAAUGAUAAAGUCCACUCUCGGAAGAAGGAAGAAACGAAGUAUAUGAGCAAGAUGUGUUUUCCUGUAUGAAAGUGACAGAACAAUACAAAACAAUUAGUGUAAAACUUAAAAAGGAAGUUAAAAUCCAUUCACAGCAAUGUUUACAUUCCUGAAUUUGUGACGAAUAGUUAUCCGUGUUGUGUACCAAUAUUUGUGUUUUUUUUUGAAGUUUUAAAUUUUCGUAUAGCGUAGUAAAAGGUGAAGGGGAAAUGAGAAUGUAACAUGGGUGGAUCUUCUUCAGCAGUGCAACUCACUAUGAUUGGCUUGGAUCAGUCAGGAAAGACAACUCUUUUAUACAGAUUGAAGUAUGAUCAGUAUACCAACACAACUCCAACUAUAGGAUUUAACUGUGAGAAAGUUAAAUGUGAUACUGGUACUGCUAAAGGAACAACAUUCACAAUAUGGGAUAUUGGUGGUGCAGAUAAGACUCGUCCACUUUGGAGAGCAUAUAUUCGAUCAUCAGAAGGAAUUAUAUUUGUUGUUGAUUCAGUUGAUAAAGAAAGAAUAGAAGAGGCUAAAUUAGAAUUGACUAAACUAAUUCGCUGUUCUGAUAACCCAGGACUACCCAUACUUGUGAUUGCCAAUAAACAAGACAUGCCGGGAUCAUUAGAUCCUGUUAAUGUAGAAAAGCAGUUAGGCUUACACGAACUACCUCCUUCACAAUUGUGGUCAUUACUUGGUGCUUGUGCUAUCACUGGAGAAGGGUUGUCUGAUGCGAUUGAAGCUAUGUAUGAACUUGUGUUAAAAAGGAGAAGAAUUAAGAAGAAACGAUAACAGAAAAGUUGUAUAGGACUACAAAUUAUUUUUGUGAUCUACAUUGUUAAGUUUUUUUUUAUAAUUUUUAUGUCUUUUAAAUAUUAAUUUAUGGGUUGUGUUGUUGUAUACAGUUUAUGAGUAAUUUAUGGAAUUGUAGAUUUUAUUUGUCAUUUUGUAUUUAAUUCUUUUAAGGAUACUGCCGACAGAUUAAGUAUAAAUUUGUAUAUAAAUGAAAUACCAUAUUACAGAGCAGAUUAAACAUGUUAUAGCUUUUAUGUAAAACAUUAAGUAAAAAAGAAAAAUUUUAAAAAUUCAAAGCCUUUAUAUAUUUUUUGUACUCUGAAUAUCAUUUAAAAGAAACAUAGCAAAAAAAUAAUGGAAUAUUAAAUAAUGCAUGGUCUUCACAUUAAUGUUAAAAUUCUGAUACAUUCAUGAAAGUUAGUGAGUAAUUAAAGUUAUAAAUAAUGAAAAAUAUUCAAGAAAGUACAUGUACAUUCAAUGUAUGUGCAAUUGGUGUACUUGACUUCAUCACUGUUUUAAGAGAUUUGCUGUGUACCUUUGCAAGCAUUUAUUUCAAUCAUUUUAUUAUUAUCCGGCAAUACUCAGGUACUAGAGUAAACAUUAACAUGACAUGUGGAUGUGUACAUGUACCUAUGUUUAAUUUAGAGAAAAAAAUGUUGAUCUUUUUAUAAAUUCUUGUUCCACUAGGAAAUAUAAAAGUCAGUUUUUGUUAAAAUAUAAAGUCCAUCUACAUGUACCAUAGAACUUUUUGCAAUAAUCUUAGAUAUACCAGAAAUACAAUGAAAUAGUAAGCAUUUAGCUUGAAACAUUAUGCAGAUUAGAAAACGACAACUCUUGUCAUAUGGAUUUUUUUAAUCAGAUACAUUUACUGAACUCAUAUAUCUUAUUAGCAUUUUGAUUGAUCAUCUUUUACCAACAUGUUUUGAUCAGUCUGAUUGAAAUCAGAUCUUUUACUUGCUCUGUCAGAUUUGUUUGUUUCUGGUGACCUCUUGUUUAGACUUUUUAUUCAAAUUCUUAUUCAACUUAUCAUUUAGAGUGACAUGUUGUCACUUGAUUCCUUUCAAACAUGCAAUGUAGAUUGAUAGAAUUGAAUCAAAAUGCCAAUAUAGAAACCUUUACAGUAUUAUUGAGUCAGAAAUAUUUACAUUCAGGUUGGUACAUUUUACAUGCUUUAUCAGAAAAAUAUUGGUAGGAACAUCGACUUUCCAGACUAAUUUUUAGGGAAAUAUUUCGCAUUUAGCCCAACAAAAUUUUUUGAUAGCCAAUUACUCAAGUUGAAAAUUCCUGAAAAUUUAAGGGAAAUAUUUGAAUGAUUGGAUGAUAAAAGGUUACUGAAGUUACAUCAGGCAUAUAUUCUAUCACGGAAUGUCCUACAUGUCCUACACAAUGUGAAAAAAAAACAAUUGAAUGGAGCAAAUUGAAAGAUCUGGUUUUAAUAGGAUUGCAUCUUUUACCACAUGUAUAUGUAUUGAAUUCUUCCCUAAUUUGAAACUUGGAAAUUGUAUUGUCUCAAUAUUAUGCCAAAAAGUAUAUGUCUGUUUAGGGUUACAUGAACAUGUACAAUUUAUAUGUUUGACAAAACAAGAGGUUCUAUUUCUCAAGGGGCCACUAGGAUCAACUGUUUUUGAGCAUCAGAAAUCAGGAUUUUAUUUAAAAAAUGGAUUCUAGGAUUUCAAAAAAAAACUAUAUUGAGACUAAAGAAAAUGCUUUAAACUUCCAAUUAUGGCAAUUUGAUAAGUCAGUCUUUGGAAGCUAUUUUCAAUUCAUCCAUUAAACAUGUAUAAGUAAGUAAGUAGAUUAUUUAUUAUAGUAACUUGUGUAAUUACAACAAUUGAUGUGUCAAUUGUGUAUAUACAGGAAAGUUUAAUCAGAAAGGAUUUAAAUUAGAUGUAUAAAUGAACCAUUGCACAUCAAAUAUGAAAACUGUUGUGACUUUACACACAUGAUUUUUAUUUGAAACAACAAUACAGAAAUUAAGAUAUGGCAUGACAUACAUUGUAUAAGUAUAUGAUAAACAACCUUCCUGUAUUUUUUUAGGGAAGGUACAAUAUUAUGUACUCAAACACUGCAUGUAAAAACACUAAAAUAAAAAAAAAAUCUCAGACAACUAUUCUAUUAUGUAUUUUUUUCAGGAGAAUACAACAUGUACAUUUGUACAAGGACAUUAUUAAUUGACAUUGUUGACCCAAAGUUAUUAAGAUUCAAAAAAACAAUGUUUCAAGUUAAUUUAUUUUUAAGUUUUCUGCUCAACAAUAAUCUAAACAGCAAAGGAGAAAUUAACUUUUUGAUUUUUUUAAACUAAUGAAAUGAUUAUGACUUACAAAAUGUACAUGUAGCUGAAAGGACCUGGAUAAAUUUGAAAUCAUAAGUUUAGAAAUUGUUGAAAUUGGUGAAUUCAACCUGAUUUUAUAGAGUCCAGAACCCAUUGAUUUGUCUUAAUGAGAACCUACAAAUAACAGGCUAUUAUUUCAACUUGGAAUUAUUUUUAAUUAUGGAAUUUGCAUAAUUUCUUGUGCUUGAAAUUUUUAAUAAAUUCCAUGUUUAUUCUGUAUUAUAAUGUUUUGAGCGGUUCAUAACAUUUUCCAUACAAUGUAUUUUGUAUAGAUAGUGUUGUGCGCCACACAGUACAUUCUAUUGAAAAUGUGCAUUCUUCUUUGUAAUAGAAAGUGUUGUGCGCCGCACAGAACAUUAAAAUACAGAAUAAACAUGGAAUUUAUUAAAAUUUUCAAGCACAAGAAAUUAAGCAAAUUCCAUAAUUAAAAAUAAUUCCAAGUUGAAAUAAUAGCCUGUUGAAUGUACAUUUUGUACAUGUACAAUGUAGGUAACUGCAUCUUGAGUUAACCAAAAAUCUUAUUCAUAAGAGUAUGCACAAAAAAAUGUGUAGUAACCUUAUAUAUAUUUUUCUUGACCUUAAAAAAGAUCUCUACAAUUUUUUUUGCAUUUUGCCAUCUUUUAUAUUGCUUUUUCAUGGACAAUGUUGGGAGGAAGUUCAGGAAUUGCAUUAGAAAAAUAUCAUGCAUCUAUACAUGUACAUGUACCUAGUUCUGUAUGCAGAUGUUCUAGAUAUCAUUUAUAAAUUGUACAUACAUCAUAUACAUGUAAUGAGGAUAAAUAAAUGAUAUUUAAAUGUCAACUUCCAAAGAUUGAAAUAGUUAUCUACAUAUUUGUUAUUAUAAGAUGAUUCAUAAUUAUUUAAAAUUCCACGGAACAUACAAAAUUAGAGAUAAAAUUUAUCAUACUUGAAUGACCCAAUUUUUUUUAUCUGAAACUUAGUUAUACUCAGAAACAGAUAGACAAUUUAUCUAUUUUACUGAAGGAAGUUUUCAGUCCUUAAAAUAAUCACUGGACAUACAGUUUAUGUCAAUGUUAAUGUUUGUUAUCUUAUAUUACAUUAUCUCACAUAUAUAUAGAAUUUUAGAUAAAAGGUUUUCUGUUUAAUAUUAUAUGCAAAUUUCCUGCACUUGACACAGAUAAUAUAUGAAAUGUACAAUAUACACAAUAAUGAAAUUAAUUAUGGUAAGACUACAUGUAAUUCUGUACUAAACUGGUUAACAUAUAUACGUAUGAUUGCCAGGGAUACAUAUAUGACUGAAAUCAUGUUCUUUGGUAGAUUCAAGGAAUUUGAUAAAGAAGCAUUUUUUUUAUAAAACUUGCAGGCUUUUUAGAAAGAGGUUGUUGUUGAACAUGUUUAAUAUCAAUUUAAAGACAUCACUCAUUUAAACUCUACAUGAAAAUAUUUAAUCUUUAUAAUCAGACUAAUGUAUUGUUUAAAAAUAGAUUUUAUUUUAAUCCUUAUAAAAUAUUUUUUUUUUUCCAUAGAAUGGGACAUAAAAGAUCUGAUUGUUAUGGUAGCUACAUUUCCUUAAACUCAUAACUCAUUCAAGUUAGUCCUUUAAUUUUAUACCAUUGAGGCAAAAGUGAAUACUUUUAGCAUUCUGUUGUCUAAUGGCAGCCAGAUAAGUUCAUUGUUGAAUUUAAGAAUUUAAUAUAUAAAGACAGGUUGUGGUUUUGUGAAUUUUUAAAAGCUGCAUUAUGUAAAAAAGAAUGAUUAAUUGGGUAUAUUUAAGUAAACUACUCAUAGUUGCUAGAUUGUACUCUCAUUAUAUUGUUUGAUAAUCCUGUUAAUUAAAUUUUUAACUUAUUGAA